GCAACACCCGUUGCUUGAAGGGACGUGAUAAACGAAACUUAACUUCUCCGGCCCGGCACUUAACCUGUUUUUCCAAAUUAACCACUGCGAUACCGAGCGGGACACUUAACAUAGUAUUUAUAAGAGGAAAGUCAACUUUACAGCCUACAUUAUCAUGGCACAUCAUAGAGCUUCAGACACUAAAAGGGAGCACUUUCGGAGAUACUUGGAGAAAGCUGGUGUUGUUGACAGUCUCACCAGUGUACUCGUGGCUUUGUAUGAACAACCUGAAAGGCCCAACAAUGCCUUGGAAUUUGUGAAGCAGCAUCUCGGUGCCGCUGGUCAGACCUCAGCCGACACAGAGGCUCUGCAGCAGGAGGUGAUCGACCUGAGGCAGAGGUGUGCUCGUCUGGCAGAGGAAAACAAAGACCUCAAAACAAGGCUGCAGCGCCAUGAACCUGUAUCAGAAGAUGGAGCCACAGCAGAGUAGACCACGGCAGAGCUUUGGUUUGAUGAAUGUAUUUUUUUGUUGAUAUUACUGGCACUUUGAAUUCCAAGACAAGACGACACUGUUAAGUGAUAGCCAAUAAUUUUUAUAUAGCUGUGCUAAUUUUUUUGUAAGUUUCUACUUUGUUUCUUAAAAUCUAACUUAUUCUGUACAUGUGUGUAAAUAAGUUUUUGUCUAGUUCAGUCUGUCUUUAGUAUAUCUUUACUGAGAAAGUGCCCUUAUUUUUGAGAGGUCUAUGAAAGGGUUCCAUUUGAUUAUACAGCUGAUAAUUUUAUUUUUCUGGCAUUGUAAUAAACAUGCAUUUAUUGUCCAGAUCCAAACAACAUAGUGUGUGAGAAAGACACACUUAUACUUUAUUUUGAAAUGCCUGGUGUAAGAGAACAGUUGUAAGAGAGUUUAAAAAUGUAAAAUAAAGACCAGUAUUGUAACUAA